AUGCAACUGAAAGAGAUCCAACGGCUCGAGCUGCCGCCUGCAGCAGAUAUGCAUGUCCAUUUGCGACAAGGCGAGCUAAUGGAAUUAAUGGUGCCUACUGUGCAACAGGGUGGUGUUGACACUGUAUUUGUCAUGCCUAAUCUUAUACCACCCCUUACGACUGUUGAACAGGUUCUAGAUUACCAAUCUAAGCUACAAGCAAUAGCCCCAGAUGUGAAGUUUCUUAUGUCACUCUUCCUUCACCCCUCUGUAACACCCGAUGUCAUUGCCCAAGCCGCAGCAGCUGGCAUCACAGGUGUCAAGAUGUAUCCUCAAGGGGUAACUACCAACUCUGAAUCUGGCGUCUCGAAUCUCGAGUCCUUCUAUGCUACCUUCGCCGCCAUGGAACAACAUGACUUGGUGCUAAAUCUUCACGGAGAAGUCCUAGAGUCCCUUGCACCAGCAGGUACGACUCUAGAAGAAGCAUUCCUUCCAACCCUAAAGACGCUCCAUGAGCGCUUCCCGAAUCUACGCAUCGUGCUUGAGCAUUGUACUACUGCUGCAGCUGUUAAAGCUGUGCAGGCUUGCGGGUCUACCGUCGGCGCUACAAUCACUGCCCACCAUCUGUAUCUCACUUCCGAUGAAGCUCACUGCGACCCCUUUGCCUUCUGCAAACCUAUCCCGAAGAAACCUACGGAUAGAGACGCACUAGUCAAAACAGCUGUCAGCGGUGAUCCAAAGUUCUUCUUUGGUAGCGAUAGUGCCCCUCAUCCCCUCCAGUCCAAAACGUCUGCUGAGCAAGGCAAAGCGCCGGCUGGCGUGUACACGCAACCCUACGUGACGCAGCUCGUUCUUCUUGCCCUCGAGGAGGCUAUCGACCGUGGCGUGAUUGCGGAAGCAGAUGUCACACAGGAGAAAUUAGCUGGGUUCCUCAGUCAGUUUGGACGGCGCUUUUAUAAACUUCGAGAAAGCUCGGGUAAGAAGAUCGUGCUUGAAAGAAAAGGAGAAAAGAUACCAGCAAGUGUGUCGAGCAAGAAUGGGAGCAUCGAGGUCGGGAUUUCCAAGGCGGGAACUGAAGUAUUUAGUUUAAGCUGGGCAGAGGUAUGA